AUGCUGGGGAAUCCUAGAUUUCUAUUCGCUAGGGCAUGGGGCACUUCGCGAUAUAGGGUUCUGCUUGAGGGACUGGUUGGUAGAGCUUGGUUCCUUGGAGAGCGCUUCAUGCGCCAGAUGAUGGGAAACUCCGAUCAGGACAUGCCUUCAUUGCCUCCACCAAAGAUGUGGUCCGCAGGGGAUCUUACGCCCCGAAAGACGGAGGACCUCAUGCUUGGUAUUGAUGCAGUCCUUUUUCUGGAGGAGGGGGAUUAUGCGACGUAUCGCCAUACGUACCUGAUGCCUCCACUGUCAGGUGUCCGUAUCCCUAGGAGGAGAGCUGCUGACAUGGCUUCCUCGAGUCGCGCCCGAGCUGGAGGCAUUCCUUCGACCAAUGGGGCAGGCUCAUCGAGGGACGGGACUGGAUGGAUACCCUUGACUUGCCAAUUUGUUCGGGAUUUGAGAUGGCGAACCAGUGUUCAAAUAAUACCAGUUACUUGUGAGAGCUCAAAUAAUUUCCAAAUCACCAUAGAAGCCCUAGAAGAAGCAUACAACAAAGCAAUAGAGGCCAACAUUAGAGUGAAAGGCUUGAUCAUAACCAACCCAUCAAACCCAUUAGGUACCAUUUUUGACAAAGCCACUCUCAAAAGCUUGGUGAAUUUCAUCAAUAAAAGAAACAUCCACCUUGUAUGCGACGAAAUCUACGCUGCUACCAUUUUCAAGCCUCUCCAUUUCACUAGCAUUUUUGAGUUCAUUCUAGACAUGGAUAGUAACGAUGAUAUCAUUCACAUCGUUUACAGUUUGUCGAAAGACAUGGGUUUUCCUAGCUUUAGGGUUGGUAUUGUUUACUCGUACAAUGAUGAAGUUGUGAGUUGUGCUCAAAAGGUGUCGAGUUUUGGAUUAGUGACUUCCCAAACUCAAUACUUACUCGCUUCAAUGCUCUCUGACAAUGAUUUUGUGGGGAGGUUUCUUGAUGAGAGCUCGAGGAGGCUAGAGUGCAGGCACAAAAUUUUCACAGAAGGAUUGAAAGAGAUGAAGAUCGAUUGUUUGAAUAGCAAUGCCGGACUUUUUUGCUGGAUGGAUUUGCGCCCGUUGCUCAAAGAACCAACUAUUGAAGCUGAAAUGGUGCCAUGGCAUGUGAUAAUCAACGAUGUGAAACUCAAUGUCUCUCAAAGAUCAUCUUUUCACUGCACGGAGGUUGGUUGGUUUAGGGUUUGCUUUGCUAACAUGGAUGAUGAUACGGUCAAAAUUGAAUUGCAGAGAAUUUGA